UUCAACACUACUAUAUAACAAAUAAUUUGAGCUUUAAUGACAGACAAAAUAAAAGAGCUAGUUUCAAAAAAGAAAAGAAGGUUUAAACAGGAUGGAUACAACUUAGACUUAGCAUACAUAAAACCCAACAUUGUGGCCAUGGGGUUCCCUGCAAAUAACCUUGAAGGUUUCUACAGAAAUAACAUAGAGGACGUUCACAAGUUCUUUGAGGAAAAGCAUGCCAAUCAUUAUAAAAUCUAUAAUUUGUGUAAAGAAAGACAGAGAACUUACGAUAAUAAGAGGUUUCCAAAAGUAGCCCACUACCCGUUUGAGGAUCACAACGCGCCGCCAUUUCAGCUUAUAAAACCUUUCUGUGAGGAUGUAGCUAACUUCCUUGCGGAGGACGAGGAAAAUGUAGCUGUUAUCCAUUGUAAAGCUGGAAAGGGGCGAACAGGAGUUAUGAUAGUAUCUUAUCUUUUACAUGAAGGAAUAUACGAGACCGUCCAGCCUGCUCUACAAUUUUAUGGCGAAGCUAGAACCUUCGACAUGAAGGGCGUUACGAUUCCAUCACAGCGUCGAUAUGUCUACUAUUAUGGUGACUUGGUUAUGCGUGGACUUAAAUACGAAGCCAAGACGCUGUUAUUAACGAAGAUAAAACUUAUCAAGCUGCCUUACACGCAGGCUGGUUCAUUAAGUAUAACAUUCAGUUUAUCGAUUGGCUAUGUCAAAUCAUACUCCUCGCCCUACGAACAAGUCAGACGAGAUCUCGACUCUAAAGACCUGUUUCCAGCUAAGCCUAUACCUGUGUGCGGUGACAUGAAGAUUGAAAUAUUCACUAAACAGUUAACUAAAGAGCGGCUGUGUCAGUUCUGGCUCAACACGUUCUUCAUAGCACAGCGGACUAAAACAGGGGAGGAUGAGGACUGCGCCAUAUUUGGAGAAGAGAAACAGUACAUAGUUUCACUCUCCAAACCAGAGACAGACAAAAUUAACAAGGAUAAAAAGCAUAAAAUCGUUCCCAGGGACUUUAAGAUCGAGAUGUACUUUGAGGAAUGCAGCAAUAAGCCGCACCAUUCAGCGAGCACGAGCGAGCACGACAUCUCCCAGGACUCGGAUCCAGAGACUGACACCGACCUGGACUCGGACGAUGAAAAUGGUGCAGAGCACGAAAGGGGCGAACCAACAAUCGUGUAACAGUUACCAUGGUAACAGUUGCCCUCAUGUUUACCUCAGACAAGUAACUCAAACUCCCUGUUUCUAUCAGUUGCGCAACCCGUGGUCUUGUUCUGUAAUGCGUGCAGUGCUGCCCCAACUCUAGCAGUUACCAUGGUCACGGUAACCACGUGCUAAUUGUUUAUCCGCACCACGCAUCCAUCCUGUGCGACUCUGGAAAGUGUGUCUCAUUUUAAUAAGAAGGCUUCGUGAUCUUUUGUCCGCUUGCAACUGAGAGUAAAUAAUUUUAGGAUAUAGGUUCUUUUAUGUUGCGAAAAUUUAGGUUUAAGCAAGGUGUGAUAUGAGAAUUAAAUGACCAUAUAAGGUUAUGUUGUCAUGGAAAUACUACUAUUAUAUAAGGAUUGAUCUGAGAAAUCCUCUUCAAUAAUUUUUCAUUGCUCUAUUGGUGAAAAGAGUGUUGUGUUGAUUUACCUGCUUUUAAAAUGUCGGUACAGAAUUAUUGAUUUUUACGUGAUGUCUAGAGCUUAAAAACUAAUUCCUUUGAAGUGCUAUCAGUCGGUUUUUACGAUUUUUAUUUUUAUUUGUUGCUCAUCAAAUAAAACGAUGUUGUUCAAAUUGAUUUGUUUUGUAAUACGCUAUGUUAUUGUAUGAAUGCUCUUAAGGUGGUCCAGUGAAAUUCUCACCAGGAUUUCAUGCAAAACUUGCAGUUCUUUUACGUAUAUAUUGGGUUUAAAAACGAGCAGUGGGCGUCCUUUGUCAUUGUGCAUAACUGACUCCCUUAUAGAGAAAACCCCGUCGCUUAAAGUUAAAACACCUAUAGUGUAUGGUACUAUUUCAAGAUAUAUAAUAUACAUAUUAUAUAAUGUCAGUGUUCAUUUAAAGGAGAAUAUGAUAUCACGUGAUGACCACAUAAGGUAGUGACAGCCAAAUCAAGUACAAGUGUCAUAUUAUAUCAGUGAAGCCUCGCUACGGAGCUUGCGAGCAUUGUGAUAGGUGUAUAUAUAACAUAUAGCAGCAGCCACGCUCUCAUCAGUUGGAUUUAUGAGAUUAUUGUUAGAAGUAGUAAAGUGUGUCGUUUAGUAUUUGUUUCCAUGGUAUGAUAUGUAUGGUGUGUUGUAGUUACCAUGGUGACGAAUUGUGGUUGCCAUGGUAACGCGAGUAUUAGCCUCCUCUCUCUCCGAUUGUUAGAUACUACGAUUAUAUAUAAUUUGUUCUGUACAUAAUUUUAUACAAACUUA